AUGCGUCCCACUAUCAGCCUGAUCCUCUGCCUUUUUGCCAUCCCGAAUGGGAUAUCGGCUUAUCCUGGCCCCGCUGGUCCAGCAACACGGCCUCAUUCCCUUAAGCGCCUUUCAGAGUACAAGUCCUCUACAUCAGGAUGCAGCUCUGGUCAAGAGGUAGUCAUCAAGGCGCCAGUGAAGAAUAUUUUCCAAAGUCUCACGGAUGAGGAAUAUGCCCAUGUUACGGCGUAUCUUCAUGAGCAGAAAGACCUCAACUUGACUGCUGUAGUCAACUCAACCUCCUGGGAUAAUGUAAUCGUGUCUCUGGACCUAUUACAGCCAAACAAGACAGGUGCAUUGACGUAUCUUGAAGGCCACGGUCCUGCUCCAGUCCGCUAUGCCAGAGCAAUUCUCCAGUUUAACUCAAAAUUGCAGCCCUAUAUCCAAGAGUACAUGGUCGGGCCUCUGCCCAUCCAAAAGGGUCUGACACAUCAUGAAGAACUCAACUACAUAUUCACAUCUGGCCGAGGCCGGAUUAAUGUGUACAACGCUGACGGUGAAGCCAUUGCUGCUUUCAACCUCAAGAUUGGCACCGAGAUAAAAGACAUCACCAAGGAGCUUCUCAAUGGUACUGCAACAGGUGCCGAAACCGAUAAUCUGCUGAUUGCAGGCAGUGACCCUCUGAUUCAUCGUAACGAUAGGGUCUACCAGUGGAACGAGUUCUACUCUGCUCAUACUGGCGAAUUCUACUCGGAAACAGUCCUACCCACCAGUUUGCAAUUCAAGGUUGACCUCACGGGCCGAGAUCCAUCCAAGUGGAAGGUGGUGGGCUGGUACUACGACGGCAACUUCUGGCCAACGACUGCCGCUUUUCGCAAGGGCAUCAAGACCUUGAAGCGAAGGCCAGGACCAGUCGUCGAUGGAUCCUGGACUUCUACUGAUCAGCAAGGCGAUAGCUUUCCUCGUGAUCAUCUAUACCCUCCCAUUUCAGUCCAACCUGAUGGUCCCCGAUUUGGAGUGGAUAGAGAGCAGAACUACGUCGAAUGGAUGGACUUUAGCUUCUUCCUUUCUAAUCACAAAGAAACGGGCUUGCAGCUACACGACGUUCGAUUCAAGGGCGAACGCCUGAUCUAUGAGUUUGGUCUUCAAGAGGCUCUUGCGCAUUACGCUUCACAAGACCCGCUGCAUGCCUCAUCGGCAUAUCUUGAUUCCUCAUAUGGUAUAGGCACCAGUCAAUGGAACCUCGUUGACGGUUUUGACUGCCCGUCUCACGCUACCUAUCUCAACACAACGUUUUACAUCAGCGAGACUACCCACGUGCACCCAAACAGUUUGUGUCUGUUUGAGUACGAUACUGGUUAUCCUAUUCAACGACACUUGACCACGGACUAUGUUUCUGCAACCAAGAACAUUGUUUUCACCGUACGCAGCGUUUCCACGGUGGGCAACUAUGACUAUCUCUUUGAGUACUCUUUCUACUAUGAUGGAUCCAUCACCGUUACUGUUCGGGCCUCGGGCUAUAUCCAGGGAGCCUUUUGGUCAGGAGACGGCGAUUACGGUUAUCAUAUUCAUGAUAAUUUGUCUGGAUCUAUGCACGACCAUGUCAUCAACUUCAAGCUGGACCUGGAUGUCAAGGGUACUAAGAACAGUCUGAUGAAGACUGAGUUUGUACCACAUACUCAAGUCUAUCCAUGGUCUGAUGGUCAGUCUAUCAAUACCAUGAAGGUUAACCGCACGUACAUUGCCAGCGAGGAUGACAGCAAGAUAAACUGGGCACCAAAUGGAGCUGCUUCAUAUUCCGUUGUUAAUAGGGAUAAGCUGAAUGACUUUGGGGAGGCACCCGGUUACUCCAUAACCCCGAAUAGCGGUAGUACUGCGUAUCUGACUGUUCAGUCAUCCUCGGCCCUUGGUCAAGCCGCCAAUUGGGCCAAUCAUAACCUUUACGCCCUCCAACGCCACGACACUGAGCCCAAGAGCGCAUACGCCUAUAAUAGCCACGACUUGAAUCGCCCAGCGGUCGACUUCAACAAGUUCUUCAAUGGAGAAAGUCUUGAUCAGGAAGACAUUGUUUUAUACUUCAAUCUAGGCAUGCAUCACCUGCCCAACACAGCCGACCUGCCCAACACUGUGACUACGAAAGCUGUAUCUUCAAUGUUGAUCUCUCCACAGAAUUACUUUGCUGGUGAUGUAUCACGACGGACUGUGCAUCAAGUUCGUAUGUCCUUUGACAAGAACUCCAAUGUCACCGGGGUAAAGAGAUUUGGUGUGAAGCAGCCGACAUGCGCGCUUGAUAUGAACACAGUGGCCCCUGACCUGAGCACGUUUGUCGGGGAGAUCGAGAUUCCCAAGUUUCCUUGGAAUCCGAGUGGCAGUCUGCAGACAAACCCUGGUGGCUAA